AUGUGUCUGGUCGUCGUGAUACAUUGUGCUGCUCUAAACCCAGCCGACCUCGACCCUAUCGCCCGGCACAAAGAGAUAUUCCCACGCGUCAGCUCUAUCAGAACAAUCGUAGGAAGCAGUACUGGGCUUCCAGGCUGUAAGUUACAGCGCUGUUCUCUUUGUGAUGAUCCGGAUUUCAACGUCAGCGUCUGCCACACAUCUGUGCGGCCUCCUCGCAAGCGACAGCCAUCUACUUACACAAACUCUAACGACUUCGACUCGAUCUCGAAAGAGCUCGAAGGUGAUGAUAUUUACGACGUGCCAGUUGGUAUCUCCACAGACCGUGGCGGCAAACCUAACCAAGAGGACGUUUAUUUUAUUGGUGGGAAAGUAGCAAAGAGACUCACUUUAAACGGCUACUCUAGCUCUGUUAGUGGCUGCUUUGGCGUCUUUGACGGCCAUGCAGGUGACCGUGCGUCUCGUUAUUGUGCUGAGAAGAUUUUUCCACUCAUUCUUGAGCAACUUGCACAAAGAGUUGUCGUGAAAGAUGCAAUCACUAGUGCUGUUCGAGCACUCGACGCUGACUUCUGUACCUAUGCUCGUCGCGCGUCAAACUCUGCGCUCAGUGCGUCGGCACGGCAUAGCCACAACCGCUCUUUCGCCACAGAUGAUGGCUCAACUUUGCUUAUAGCCCUUGUACGAGAUGGCUUUCUCCACGUUGGAAAUGUUGGCGACUCGCGGGCUGUUGUAGUCACUCGCUUCGGAGAUGCCAUUGCCAUGUCGGACGAUCAAAAGCCUAACCGUAAAGACGAGAGGAGACGUCUAGAAGCCAGAGGGGCUUUCGUUACAGGCAAGCCCGACUUCAUGUAUAGAAUUUGGCCACUCAAAAAAAUCAUUGACGUCCCACGUGUGAAUGGCCAAUUGGCCAUGUCCCGCUCCAUCGGUGAUGUGACUUUAAAGCCAUACAUAUCGUGCGAUCCGGAAAUCCAAUCGCGUAAGCUUUCGAAAAACGACCGUUUUCUCAUCAUGGCGACAGAUGGUCUUUGGGAUGUCGUUUCCAGCAAGCGGGCCGCGAAGAUAGCUAUUUGUUACAAAGAUCCACAAGCUGUCGCAAAUGCACUUGUUGGGUUAGCGUUACAACGUCACACAUGCGAUAACAUUACGGUUCUUGUUGUCAAGUUGGAAGCCUACGAUUUUAACUCAAGUCGCACAGAUCUCAGCAGCUUUUGA